AUGUGGUGGGGUCCUGCUGUGCAGAUCGGCCUUCUUGCCGUCAUCUUCAGCCAACUGCAAGCCGCAUCGAUAUUCGAUCAAACAUCGAAGGGGAAAUGCCAGCCGAUCGAAAUUCCACUCUGCAAAGAAGUCCCUUAUAACUAUACGUAUUUUCCAAAUCCUUAUCUACAACAGGAUCAACAAAGCGUGAGUUCUCCUCAACAUCUCUUCUAUAUUUUUCUCCUCCUCCUUUCUUCAGUGAUGAUCCUCAGCCUUCCUGGGACCGAGUCGACCUCACUCAGUUGA